CUAUUCCUACCUACUACCGGGUACUUAUCUCAUCGAUCGACCGAAAUCUUCACUAAUAACACAAAUCUGGUCUUGCUUGUCUAGUCCUGUCUUCUCAAUACAUACAGCAUCAAUUCUAACAAAUACACAAAUCGAAUUCGAAUAUAUCCAAAAGGAAAAAGUGCGAUAUCAAUACGAGCAUUAAUUAUACGGAGUAAUCUGCCCAAUAUCCGACCUAGUGCUCGCCUUUCAACCCAUAAUCCAUAAAACAUAAUCCACAAUCCUCAAUUCUCCUUCAUCAAAAUUUGAGAAAAUGUCUCGACUUUUACCACCAAGAUUUCUUCUUCCUUCCCGUCGCUUCUUCUCACAUACAACUUGUCGAACAGCAUUCGCAACUGGUCCAUCUCCGCCACGUCUGCCACCAAAGGAACAAGAAGAAUUUGAACGUCUGCAACGAUCCUCUACUGGUGCAUUUAGUACCCCGAAAACAGACGUCAUUACCGAUUCCCCGAAGUCAACUACUCGAGCAAAACCACAAAUCAAUCAAUCACCAGCCACCACUUUGGCUAAGAAAGAGGAUAUAGAAUUGGCGGCUGUAAAUGCUAAGGUAUCUGCCACGGGAAAGGGAGAGGAAUUGCAUCCGGACAUUCGCAGAGGUGCAAAACCAGAAUUCGAAGGGGAAAUUAAUCCAAAGACUGGCGAAGUUGGUGGACCAAAGAAUGAACCUUUGAGGUGGGGAAGUUCAGGUGAGAGGGGGGAUUGGAGUUAUAAUGGGAGGGUUACGGAUUUUUGAAAUUGGCGUCGGAAAUGCUCCAAGUUGCGAAUUCCCGGCGUGCGAUGCAUAGUGAGGAUGCGAGGUGGAAUGUACAAACAGUUUAGAGUGUAUGGAUAUAUGCCGCUUCAGAAGUAAGAUCUUACCAAGGAAUGAUCAUGGAAUUUCUGAGUGGAUAUUUCCCCAUCAAACAAAUCUGUCAUUUGUGACCAGUAGAAUCUUUGCACUACUUCAC